AUGUCCAAUUACUCCACCUUAUCUACUGCUUCAUUGUCUGAAUGGAAAGUUGAGAUCGAGAAUGAUUUACCUACUCAACUCGGAGCCGCUGCUUUGCAAAUAUAUAAUGCUGAUGAGACCUUGAUCAACAGAAAGGCUCUCUUGAAGAAUUCGACCAAGGUUUUCAACAACAAAAUUGAAAUUGAAGGUGCUCCGGUUACCAACCAAAAGUCUUCAGGAAGGUGUUGGUUAUUUGCUGCGACUAACGUCUUGAGAGUCAAGAUCAUGAAGAAGUUGAACUUGAAGGAAUUCCAAUUCUCUCAGUCAUUCUUGUUCUUUUAUGAUAAGUUAGAGAAGUCCAAUUUCUUCCUCGAGCAAAUCAUUGCUAGCCCUGAUGAUGAAGUUGAUUCUAGAUUUAUUCAACAUUUGUUGACUGACCCGGUCGGUGAUGGUGGUCAGUAUGAUAUGUUUAUCAACAUCGUAGAGAAGUAUGGAUUGGUUCCUCAGGAAACUUUCCCUGAUGUUUACACAUCCACCGCUUCAAGAACACUCAAUUUCCUUGUCACCACCAAAUUGAGAGAAUUCGCAGAAGUGUUGAGAAAUGAGUUGAAGGCUGGCAACUCCGUUGAAGCUUUGAAGCUCUCCAUGCAGAAGGAGAUCCACAGAUUGUUGGUGAUCUUCUUAGGCCCACCACCUUCUCCAGAACAGCAAUUGUCCUGGGAAUAUACCGACAAAGAUGAUAAGUAUGGUAAACUCGAGUUCACUCCAAUUUCCUUGUACAAGGAAGUUUUGGGUGAAGAUUUGAGUAAAUGUGUCUCCUUAUUGAAUGAUCCAAGAAACGCAUACAACAAGAACAUAAAGAUCGAUAAGUUAGGUAAUGUUGUCGGUGGUAAGACAGUCAAGUACUUGAACGUUGAUAUCGAUGAUUUAAGUGACUAUGCUGUGAAGCGCAUUCAAAGCGGAGAAGCUGUAUUCUUUGGGACCCACACCCCAAUCUACAUGGACAAAAAGAGAGGUAUCAUGGAUGAAUCGUUGUAUGACUACAAGUUGAUCAACUACGAGGCUAAACAGCAAAAAGCCAGUAGGGUUGAAUACCACCAAUCAUUGAUGACACAUGCCAUGACUUUAACUGCUGUUCACUUGGACGAAGAGAACAAGCCUGUUAGAUGGAGAGUGGAAAACUCCUGGGGUAAGGAUUCUGGUAAUGAUGGAUACUAUAUCAUGGACCACCAGUACUUCAAGGACUAUGUCUACCAAGUUGUGGUUAAGGAUACAGAAUUGACCGAUGAACACCAGGCCAUUUUUAAGGAUGAUAGCCAAUCUGUUACUUUACCACCAUGGGAUCCAAUGGGAGCAUUGGCAGUUUUCAGCAAUGCAACACAAAUUGAAUAUUAG